GUAGGUGCACAGCAUCAUUGUCCCGCCCGUGGAGUAUUUGCUGUGAAUUGCAGUUGUACUGUUCAGGUGUUCCGGCGAAGAGAACGUCGCAAAUGGUGGUCGGCGGCCGGCCGUGCUAAAAGAACUUCGACGGUGUCACUGCCUUCUCCUGCUCCUCUAUAUAUGGCGGCAUCAGAAGUGUCGUCGGUUAGGUCGUGGAGGACGGCGUUCUUGACCCUCAGGGACGAAACCCUAAACUCUCCACCGUCCUCCGUCGUUGUCCACCACCUCAACCGCCUCAUAUUCUCUCACUCCCAGACUUUGAUCGCCGUCGCUUCCGAUCUCCCUUCUCUAGAGGUAACAUCAGAUUUGAUGUUUUUGAUGGAACUGGCUCGGACUGCUGCUGAAUCUGCAGGUGAUGAAGAUGUGACCCAUACCUUUGUGCAACUAUGCCACUUGCUCGCACCAAAAUGGUAUACACCAACCAAUAUAUCGAAUAAUGUAGUGCAGAUAUCAUCAAGUAGCUGCAGUUAUGUGCAUAAUGUCAUCUGUAAUGCACUCGAGAUGCAUGAUGUAAGCCGUCGUGUUUCCCUUGACAUAAAUUUAACUUAUUGGGCUCUCAUGCUUAACUCCUUUGGGAGGAUGGUGGAGAUUUUUCUUGGAAAAAGUGGUAGAAAGAGGGUCUCAUCAGGGAAUGUUGUAGUGAGAGCCAUAAAGCAGUGCCUGGAGACUGUGAGAUGUCUUGUUAGUGUAUAUCACAGGAAAUGCUCAGUAUCUGAUAACACGGAGCUAUUGAAUUUCCUCCUCAGUAUCGUGGCACAUUCUCAUACUGAGUUAUUUUAUCCAUCUUCCUCAAGUAGGAAUCAAGGAUAUACUGCUGAAUUUGGAAAGAGAACACCUGGGUACAAUAGUUUAUGGGAAGUUCUGACUGUCACUUUCACAUUGAUUGGUGAUGCAUUCUCUAGAGUUGGCCCUUCACUUUCAGAAGACAUUUGGCAAUCAUCUAUUCAGGUUCUUAAAAAGGUGAUGGAUGUCUUGGCGUCUAAGAAUCUGCUAGUGGAUGAUAAUGUUAUGGCGAGGUUUUAUACUUCACUUCUGCAGUGCCUACACUUGGUCCUCAUAAAUCCUAAGGGCUCCCUUUCAGAUCAUGUGGCAGGUCUUGUAGCAGCAUUGCGGAUGUUCUUCAUCUAUGGAAUUACUGAUAGGUCCCAGCUUGUGCGUCCAUUGUCUGGUCCCCAGAAGGAAGUUGGUUCCAGUAAAUCAGAGUCUGGUCCAUAUAGGCCACCUCAUUUGCGCAAACAAGACUUGACAAAUCUGAAGCACCUCAUAGCUGAGGAAUCCACAAGUUUCUCUGACCAAGAAUUUUCUACUGUUGAUUGUACAUCAUCCGAUUCAGAUUACAGUGAUAAUGAUGCACCAGCAAAAGAUGCUAACAGUCUUCGAUGCUCCAGGGCCAGAGUUGCUGCUAUUGUUUGCAUUCAGGAUCUUUGUCGAGCUGAUCCCAAGUAUUUCACUGCCCAGUGGUCAAUGCUUUUGCCAUCCUGUGACGUGCUACAACCCAGGAAGUAUGAAGCUACCUUAAUGACAUGCUUGCUAUUUGACCCUUAUCUAAAGGCACGGACUGCAUCUGCGUCUACUCUUGUGGCUAUGUUGGAUGGGCCUGCAUCUGUUUUUCUUCAGGUAGCAGAAUACAAAGAAUCCAACAAAUGUGGAUCUUUCACUGCACUUUCAAGCUCCCUUGGUCAGAUACUAAUGCAACUACAUACAGGUGUUCUAUACUUGAUCCAACAGGAAAAUCACAGUGCAUUGCUGGCAUCCUUGUUCAAGCUUCUCAUGCUUUUGAUAUCAUCCACACCAUAUUCAAGAAUGCCUGAGGACUUACUGCCCACUGUUAUCUCCUCUCUUCAAGCAAGGAUUGAAGAAGGCUUUCCACAUCGAAGUGAUCGGACUAGUCUGCUGGCUUCUGCCAUUAGUUGCUUGACUGCAGCUUUAUCUUCCUCACCUUCAUCACCAAAAGUUAAAGAUCUGUGUGUAGCAGAACUAUGUAGAGGUCCUUUUGAGGCUCAAGAAAAGUCUGGCAUUCUCUCUGUCAUAUUUCGAUACUGUGAACCUGUAAAUAGCCCAACAGUAACCCUUGAGGCUCUUCAGGCCCUUAGAGCUGUGUUGCACAAUUACCCAGACAUAAGUGUUGUAUGUUGGGCACAAGUUUCUUCCACCGUUCAUGGAUUUUUGAGGCUUAGUUCUGUUGAAGUUUCCGCUAGGCCGUGGAAGGGAAAUGCUGCUAAUAUUGUGGUGUCAGUUGGGGAAAAAGUCAUCACUGCUGGAAUCAAGGUCCUUGAUGAAUGUCUUCGUGCAUUAUCUGGAUUUAAAGGAACUGAAGACUUUUCUGAUGAUAAAUUGUUUGAUACCCCAUUUACAUCUGAUUACACUAGGACAAAGAAAAUUUCAUCAGCUCCAUCAUAUGGAUCAGAGUCUCAAGGAGUUAGCAAGGAUGGGCCAGAAGCAUGUAGGUCCGGGAUUGAGCAGUGGUCUGAGGCAAUUGAAAAGCAUAUGCCACUGGCUCUGUGGCAUAGUUCUGCUAUGGUGAGGGGUGCAACAGUUACUUGUUUUGCGGGAAUAACUUCAUCUGUUUUCUCUUGUCUCUCAAAGGAGAAGCAACACUUCAUUCUCAAUAACUCUAUUAAUGCCUCUCUGAAUGAUGAGGUUGCUUCUGUCAGAUCAGCUGCUUGUCGUGCCAUAGGUGUCAUCUCAUGUUUUCCUCAAAUAUCGUGGAGUGCAGAGAUCCUUGGCAAAUUUAUCCAUGCUGCUGAGAUUAACACUCAUGACCCUUUGGUCUUGGUCCGCAUUACUGCCUCCUGGGCUUUAGCGAAUAUGUGUGACUCUCUCCGUCAUUAUAUUAAUGAUGUUAUCUGUAAAGGGUGUUCAAUAGAUUCAAAUGUGACCUCCCGAUUGAUUCCACUAUUAAUUGAGUGUGCUUUACGAAUGACAAAGGAUGGUGACAAGAUCAAAGCAAAUGCUGUGAGGGCUCUCGGAAAUCUUUCAAGAUAUGUGCGAUUUAACAAUCAAUCAGGCGUUUGUUAUGGUCCAGUCAAUGGUAGGAGCUUAUCUCAAAUAAGCAAUGGUCACAGAGUGUUACCGGAUAAGAGUGAGCUUGAAGAUAGCCAGAGAGUAAGAUUGACAUCAAAUACAUGCCUGUCUGAUUCACUGAAAGAUUCACGUUGGCUGGGCAGGAUGGUGCAGGCAUUUCUUUCUUGUGUUGCUACUGGAAAUGUGAAGGUCCAAUGGAAUGUUUGUCAUGCAUUGAGCAAUCUAUUUCUGAAUGAAACAUUAAAGCUCGGAGAUAUGGAUUGGGCUCCUUCUGUUUUUAGUACUCUAUUACUACUACUCCGUGAUUCUCCAAACUAUAAGAUCAGGAUCCAAGCUGCUGCUGCUUUGGCUGUGCCAGCAAAUAUACUUGAGUAUGGAGAAUCAUUCUCGGAUGUCAUUCAGGGUGUAGAACUUACCAUUGAGAACUUAAGUUCAGACCAGAUAACACCAUCAAACUUCAAAUACAGAAUUGCACUUGAGAAACAGGCCUUGCUUCAAAAGCCAAUCAUCAAUCAAUAAAAGAUUUCCUUACCAAAAAAGCAUCUUUUCUUGAGGAUUGGUUUAAGGUGCUAUGCUCGUCACUUGGGCAGACAACUAAUCAAAGUGAGGAUCAAGAUAAUAUCACUGGAAACCAAAAGAGAUACAUGAUAUCCAGAGCCAUCAGGUCACUGAUCGUGGUGUAUGAAGACAGUAAUCAUCCAGCCACUGCAGAAAAGUUUAACAAGUUGACCAACAGCAUUCAGUGAAAUCAUCUGG